AUGAAAUAAGAUGACAUUCAAUCUCCUUAGUUGUGUGACAAUUUUCCACCAAGACCUCCCAAUCCUAGGAGAUCUGCAAUCUUCAAAUAACAAAAUGCCAUUAGUCUCACCAAACUAGACACUCGACUCCAAGAAAAGAAUGACAUGCUUGUUGCAUAAAUCCAAAAAAUUGUCAAACACAUGCCUUCCGAUGACAAGUAAUUCAAAGCAGAAAGGCAUAUUUACGACGCUUACUAUUUGAGAACCAUCCGGAACGAUAUUGACCUUGCAGACAAAGUAAUUUUAAAAUAUCUUUGGAUCAUUGAAAACAGCAGAAUUUGGAGUGGUUUUCUUUUGACAUUAACAAUCUUCUAUCAAAUCCUCACUUUCUUUGAAAAACCUUAUCCUGAAUCUGACUUCUAUGAAGCACCCCAAGUUGCCAACAUCGAAUUGUUCAUAUUAAUAUUCCUUAAGAUUGACUUCGUAAUAACUUUGGUUUUGCUGGCCACUAAAAAGAACGAUGGGGGGUUCCAGUUCAACACAAAGAGAAUGAUGAAAAUGCUGUUCUUCUUGGUGUGCGUGACAGAUUUCAUAAAUUGGAAGAUUGAUUAAACUCAAAUUCGAUUCAGUAGAUUAAUUAGACCAGCAUUGAUGAUAUUUUAUUCCAAAGAUCUGAGACGAAAUCUUAAGGGAAUAGUCAAAGCCAGUAAGGACUUGCUCCUACUACUUUUAUUGUAUGUGAUUAUCAUAUCCACUUUUGCUUUCAUCGGAAUAAACUUAAUUGGACAAUUGGAAACCGUCGAUGUAGACACACAGGAUUAUGGGGACUUCUUCAAACUGUUCAAUAUGCUCUUCAUGGCUGCCACUCUGGAUUUCUACCCUGACAUCAUGAUUCCAGCCAUCUUCUAAGGCACUUUCUACGCUCUCUAUUUUGUCAUCUACAUAAUACUCUUCUUAUUUCUCUUUUAACCAAUCCCCUUGGCUGUUGUCUAUGAAGGAUUUCGGAAACACAGAAUGCAAAUUGCAAUCUAAGACAUCAUCAAAUAAAAAUCAGCCAUGAUGGCCAGUUUCAUCUCACUGGAUUCUAAUGAUGCGGGUUUUUUGACUGAAAAUCAAUUCAAGAAAUUCUUAAAAACCUUCUACCGUGAUCAACUAACUGACGACCAAGUUAAAAUCAUCUUCUCAGAAAUUGACAAAGACUUCAAGUAAUUCACAAUUAUCAAAUAGUGAUAAGAUUUAAUUCGAUGAAUUUAAUCAGUUGCUCCACGUCUUAUAGAAUAGCAAGAAAAUCUCAUUGCCCAGAACAAAACCACUCCAGUGUUGGCAAUCUCUAAGGAAUUUCCUCAAUAAACACGGAUUAAAGAAAUUCAUUGAAUCUAAUGUAAUCAUAUCAUAUGAUCUCAAAGGUAUUUGCUCUAUUCAUGUUCCUCGUUACCAUAGUCAAUUGUGGAUUAAUAAUAUCCGCAUUCUUUAUUGAAGAUUUGGAUGUAAUUGCCAUAUUUGAUACUAUUGACAUAGUGUUUUUAGGCAUCUUCAUUUUCGAAUGCAUGAUUAAAAUAAUAGGGUUGGGAAUAUAUGACUUUUUUGUUGAUGGUUGGUAUUAUGUUUGAUAUUAUCUGUAGGAAUGUUUUUGAUAUCUCGUUGAUAUUACUAUAGAUACUGUUUGACUAUAUCUUAUUCAGUUUUGUGACUGGAAAUAUUGUAUAAUCAAUCAAAGCCAAUAGGAUUUUGAGAAUUGCUAAGAUCCAGAAGGUAUUCAGACUUUUUAGAGCCUUCAGAUCGAUUAAGUUGGUGGGUUAUCUACUGAGAGGAUUAGAAAUAUUCGCUCAUGUGAGAAACCUGCUCUACAAGAUCAUCAUUUGUGUUCCUCUUAUUCUGAGAUUGAUCCUGCCAGUGUAGAUAGUCUUUUUUACAUAUUCUUGCAUAGGGAUUUACAUCUAUGGGGGAAUCUAGAAUGAUGAUCAGAACCCAUUCUCAAACAAUUCAUGCGAUCCGAAUGAGUUUCGAUAUUUGUGGGGUUAAUGUAAAUAUGCAGACUUUAAUUCAAUGGGCGGAUCAUAUUUGAUGAUGUUACAAGUGUUUACAGCAUCCUCCUGGGGACAAUUAGUAUUUGAACUCUCAUUUGACACCAAGAAUCUAGUGACUCCAAUGAUCUUUAUUGGGUCGUUUGUUUUCCUCUCCAUUUUCUUGUUGGCACUCAUCGGAGGGUUAGUUUGGGAAGUAUUCACAGUUGUCUCUAAGACUCUAUUUGAAUAGGAGAUGGAGCAUUUCAAACCAGAGGAGAGAGUGGCCAUUUAACUUAAUUUUUAGGAUGAAGCUUUACUGGGUAGCAGUUUGGGAACUGAAUAUGACGUUCGAAAUGGAACUUAGUUAAGUAAUGCUAUUCAGUUACAGAAGAAAACUGCAAUUCUCAAUGAUGAUAAUCCAGACAUCCUCGAGUUUAGACCGAGGAAUGUGAAUUUUAGAGCGAAUCAGAAUGAGAAGUUGGAGAUUCCUGUUGAGUUGGAUAUUCAGAUUGAUACACAAAUAUACAGUAAGGUACUGAAGGUAGGAAUCAAUCCAAACCAAGUGACUCGGAAUUUGAAACCUUAAGGAGAUUUCGCUUAAAUUGUUGAGGAUGAGUUGCUUGAGAUUCAGAAACUGUAUUGUGACUACUUUAUUGAUUAUCAAGAAUUCUUGGAAAUCAAAUUCAUUAAAGAGUCUCAUAACAUUUAUAAUGUUACUUCAGAGUAUGUAGUGCACAUUAGAAAUGAAAUUAAGAAGGACGAAAUGUUUAAACGGAAACAUGUCAACAUUUCCAAUCAUGAUUUACUGAUCUAAUAUGCUGUUUUGAGAGACACUAGUGAAAUGUACAUUAAAUAAUAGGAGGAACAGUAUUUUAAGACUGAAUAUGGUUAAAAAUUCGAAUUAAUCAAAGAACUCAAAUUUCAGAGUAAAUUCAAAGUUGAGAGUAAGAUACUCUUCUCUUUAAUGGGUAUUUUGAAGUUUCCAAAGCCCAAUAUCAAAUACUUCUUUUAGAUUCUCUAUUUGAUCGAGAAUUACUUCACCUAUUAAUUGUUACCAGAUUGCUCUUUCUUUAAAUUAGUGCAUCAGAUGGAUGGAAAAUGGUAUUUGAUUAGUAUUGAAGACAAGCAAAUCGUAUUCACAAAGAUCGGAACAGGACCUUGGACUCAUGAUAAUUUGCUGUUUGAUCAAUGUCAAAUGAGAAUUUGUGAAAAUCUGAAAUUCAUGAAAGAAAUCAAGAAUGCUGAAGUGAAAACACACAUACGAGAAUUCCACACCAGCAUGAACAAAAUGGCUAAACAGUUCGAACUUGAUGUUACCAAAAUAGAUGUCAGGAGUACCAUCAUCAUCUACCAAAUAAAAAAUGAACGUUAUGCUCCUCCUGAUUCUACGACUCCCAGAAUUAAUGGAUACAAACAAAUCAUCAGUCCCAGAUACAUGACAAUGAGUGUUAAGAAUCCACUUGUCAGUCAACUCAAUGUGGAGGUGAACUCUUUCAAUGAGGAUUAUAACCCAGAAGAGAUAUUUCAAAUGGGCGAUAAUGUGGACGAGUGUCAUAGACAUGUCAGUUAGACUAUGAUAUUCGUUCUCUCCAAAAUCUAGGCUCAAGAGAGUAGGAUUGUGUAUCAGAAUCAGGUUAUGCUGGCCUAAUUUGUCUUAGAUUUGGCUGGAGUUAUUAAGAACUAUUCUGACAAUUUCUUUUAGCAAUUAGAGGAAUUAUAUUCUUUACGCAGUAAACAAAGGGGAGUAAAAUAAAAAUGA